CAUCCGGCACGAGUUAUUAUUAUAACUAUCCAUCAUCUGUUAUUAUGGAUUAGUUUUAUCCUUCAUUUAUAUGUUAGGUUAUUUUUUUUGGCAAGUGUCUGUUGUGUGUGUUUGGAGCUUUUGUGUUAAAAUAAAAGCAUAGGUGUAGUGGUGCGUAAUCUCCAUAGCAUGGGUGUAGUGGUGCGUAAUCUCCAGAAGGUGGUGCCUUUGCGGCGAGCCAGGCUGCGCAGAGACGUGGACACACUGAGACACAUACUGGGUGUGCAAAAGUUUGACCUCGGCGUCAUCUGUGUGGACAACCAGAGGAUGCAACACAUUAAUAACAUCUACAGGAAGAAAAAUGUGCCAACAGAUGUCCUCUCCUUUCCAUUUUAUGAGGACAUGAGACCCGGUAAGAUGCCUUGCCCCCUUUACAGAGACGAGCUGAACCUUGGGGACAUUUUCCUGGGUGUAGAGUUUGUGAUGAAGCAGUGUCGAGAGGAGUCCAUGGAUCUACACGGAGCUCUCACUGUUGUCACAGCACACGGUAUCUGUCACCUGCUGGGUUACAGGCAUGAGACAGACGAGGAGUGGGCUGAGAUGCAUCAGAGAGAGAACUACAUCCUGAGCGAGUACAACAGACUGACAGGACGACACCUGGAGCCUCUGAUGAAGCGGUGCACUCAGGACAGGUGACAGAGACACCGAGACAUCACCUGUUUAAAAAAAAACAACCUCACAGCCUGGAGAAGAAAAAAGAACAGUGAUUGUUGCUACGGAAACUCUUCACACUCUACUGUUGCUACGGAAACUCUUCACACUCUCUACUGGACUACUGA